ACUUUACAAAACAACGCAUUCUUAACUGGACGGCGAACCUGACCGAGUAAUCGUCUGUAACGUAGACGAUUUAUUUAUAUUUUUAAAGUUUUAGCUAUUUUACUUAUAAUUUCUUAAUAGAUAUAAGUUCAGAUUAAAGAUGGAGUUGACAAUCAUUUCGAAUGAUGACGAAUGGAGCACGGAUAGUGGUCUAUUUUCAUCGUCAUCUUAUAAAAGUUCAACGAACGACGAUUACGAUUCGACUGAUUACGAAACUGCCGAAAGUGGAGACGACGUAGAGAGCGUCUACCAUUCGGCCAGAAGCGAUUCUAGUCUGAACGACAAGUCCCCAAAGAAAAACUCUAGCCUAAGCGAAGCCCUGCAGAGAACUGCAAGACGAAUGAGUGAGGAACACUUUCUAUCAGAAAAUGGACCUCCCGCUCCUUUUGGUCUUCUUCGUCAAUGGAUCGUGGAAGGCGUUGUAGGAGGAGAGCAGAUUUUAAAAUACAUUCCAAGAGAUUGUCUAAUUGGUAGACAAUUAAAAGUAGCAGCUCAAUUUUUCCAUGUCAUGAAUGCUUCAACAAGACAAAUGAAUCAUGUAACCCAUUUCCAAGGUCUUCUUAUGACUCACCGAUCAAAUUCAUGCCCUGAUCUAUUGAUAAGUCGAUUACGCAGUGUUGAAAAUGUCUGGCCUAGUACCAUAAAUUCGUCAAUAUCAAACAAAUUGAAACGAACAUCUCAAUUAGAUACAGACAGCCUUACAUGGCCAAAUAAUAUUUGGUGAGUAAGUUGAAAAAAACAAAACAAAUAAAAAACAAAAACAAAUAAAUCUAUAAAAGACGUUUAAAAAAACACAACAGAUGGGAAAAGAUAAGGAAAAAGUGAAAGAUGGAUUGUGUAAAAUCUUUCUCUUUUAUUACUCUUUUUAAAAAUGGAUUUUAAUUAUGAGAAAUAACGUCUUAAUUAGUAUAUUUUUAAAGAAAUAUCUCAAUUUAAAAUUAAAUUAUUGUGCUUUUAUAAAAGAAAUUGACUUGGA